CUGAAACCGCUGAAAUGGUAUUUAGUAAAGUUUUUUUUAAACGUCUUUGAACUAAAAUGACCCCAUGUAACCCAGCGGUAGAGCCUGUGUUGUCAUGGUAACCAGUGGGAUUCUUGACACCAGUUUACAUACUCUCUGCAUCCAUACACUGACUGCAUGACCCGGCGAUGUCUCGUCCUGCUCCGACCCCUAUCUACACCCUGAGGGGUGCUGGAGGGCCCCUCAACACCCUCCACUUUAGCUGCCAUGGUGGGGACACUCCCCUUCUUUAUUCUGCGUCGGGGAAAGGUGCCAUCCAUAUCUGGAACCUGAACACCAGGAGGGCUGAGAGGAUUGUCGAAGGUCAUUCUGGUAACUCCAUCAUCUGGGUGAGCACGCUGCAGGCGGCACAUACCCUCAUCAGUCAGGGCCGUGACAUGCAGGUGUGUCUGUGGGAUCUGAGUGAAGGUCGCAGUGAGGUGGUGGACUCGGUGUGGACCGGCAGCGUUGGAUUCUGUCAGUGCUCCGUGUUGGAAACCAGCCCUGGAAACCAGCUGCUGGCCUUUGCUGGACAACAGACAGAGGAGAUCAAGAUCAUCGAGCUGCCCAGUAAGACCCCGGUCUGCACCCUGGUACCAGACGCUAAGGUGGGGAUGGUCAUGUGUAUCAAGCUGUGGCAGCCAGACUCCGGGCCCGGACCUCUCCUGCUGGCUGGAUACGAGGAUGGGUCCCUGUUGCUGUGGGAUGUUACCCAGAGGUCCGAGUUGAGCCGAGCCAAAGCCCACCCUGAGCCUGUCAUGUGCCUGACCUUUGACCCCGAGCGUCUGAGGGGCAUAUCAGGCUCCUCUGAGAAGACCCUCUCCUCCUGGAUGCUGGACAGACAGAACAACCUGCAGCUCCAGGAUGAUGUGACGCUGGUGAACGCCGGGGUUUCCCAGCUCUGUAUCAGGGGGGAUGGGAAACUCCUGGCGUCAGCAGGCUGGGACCAUCGCGUGCGGGUGUUCGGGUGGAAGAAGCUGAAACCGCUGGCCGUGCUUCAGUACCACACUGACAUGGUGCUAAGUGUGGCCUUCUCUGACCACCAGGACCCCAGGCAAAGACUGCUGGCGGCCGGAUCCAAGGACCAGCGGGUCAGCCUGUGGUCCAUCUACAACGAGGGAGCCGACACUGGCUGAGCCUCAGAGCGCCGCGAGGGUUUAGAAACUCUUAAUCAAUACUUCCUGAACCCUCGUCUGUUCCAAUGUUGGUCUAAGCUGACCAACGAUUUAGUAUUAGUGCAAAGCAACAGUUUAAUAUCUGCACAUGUGGACUGUGUUUACUCUGCUCUCAAGUGAAAGACAUUCACAGUACUGUCAUUUUGUUUAUGUUCCUAAAAUACUGUACAGUUAGCUCAGAGAGGGAGCUCAAGUUUCCUGACGUGGAUCUACAGACAUUGUGAGAACUGACUGCUGAUGAGAUUUUAAAACUAAAUCAAGACUAUAGCCGAAGGUUCCUGACAUUCAAGUUUAUCCCACACAAGUUUAAUUAAAAAUAACAAAGGAAGAAACAGAAACACACCUACAUAUUCACACGCCAUCAAUGGUUAAGUUUCUUGCCCGAGGAAUGGUCUUCAUGUGGCUGCAGGAGCUGGGGAUCAAACCCCUAGACCUAGACCGAGAUGCCGGACUCUACCAACUGAGUCACAGAUAUUCCUCUGAGAGCUUAUUUGAAGUUUCCACCUCAGUAAUCUUAAAGCAUAAGAAAAUUACAAAUACAAAUACACAGCGUCAAAAACACUCUCUCUCGCUCUCUCUCUCUCUCUCUCUGUCACUCACUCCACAUCACUGAUAAACACAAGCUAACUUGCAGCUUAAUCAUAACUAACUUCCCUGUCAACUUGAGGUCCGCAGAUAUUUCCUGCCGACGUUUCUUUCAUCAGAGGAGGGAGACAGAUUCAACAGAACAUGCCCGCUGUUGCCACGGUGAUUGUUAACGCUAUCUGUCAUUACAUACAGGGACAAUAAGUGAAAAAAAGUCUGGGAAUAUGUGUGUGCAGUCAUACGACCAAAAUAUCCAACAUGUCCAAAAAAAUCAUCUGACUGGUCGUCGAGAGCAGUGUUUCUCAACUGGGGGGUCGGGACCAAAAAGUGGGUCACAAAGCCAUUUCCAGUGGGUCCCCAAUGUGUGCCUGGGAACAUUUUUUUGGGGGGGAAAGGUCUAUGAUGUGCUUAUUAAAAAUGUUUGUUUUAUGUCACAUGUUCUUCCAUCUGAGGAUCAAACUGUUUGAUUUUACAUGAAAUAAAUCUGAGCGGUUGAGAACGUUUCAAGAAGA